AUAUGUUUGUGUAUGUGUGUGCAUUUUUUGCUUUUGUAUGAACAUACCAAAAAGGAAUUCUCUAUUUAAUAGUUGACUAGCUCAAAAGAGUUAUAUCCGGCACUUCCGAUGGUCUUCCAUAUCGUGUUCUUGAGAAUAACUGUUGAGUUCAGCGUUGAAAAUUUGUAUCAAUAUAUUGGAUAUCAACUAUGGGGAAGCGCAAUAAUAUGAUCCCGAAUGGUCAUUUUCAUAAGGAUUGGCAACGUUUUGUCAAAACCUGGUUCAAUCAACCUGCUAGGAAAAUACGUCGCCAUAAAAGUCGUGUUAAGAAAGCAAGAGCUGUUGCUCCCAGGCCAGCAGGUCUUUUAAGACCUGUAGUUCAUUGCCCGACAUUCCGCUACCACACUAAAGUUCGUGCUGGUAGAGGAUUUACUCUGGCUGAGCUGAAAGCUAGUGGUUUGAAUAAAAGAUUUGCCAGAACAGUCGGUAUUGCUGUUGAUCCACGUCGCCGUAAUAAAUCUGUUGAAUCCCUUCAAACAAAUGCACAACGUUUGAAAGAAUAUAGAGCCAAGUUGAUCCUCUUUCCAACGAAUGAAAAGAAACCUAAACCUGGUGAUGCAACUGAGGAAGAAAGGAGAUUGGCAACUCAGUUGAAAACGGACCCGAUGCCAAUAAGGCAUCAAGCUCCCGCUAAAGCUAAAGCCCGUAUUGUAACAGAAGAAGAAACUAAAUUCUCUGCAUAUGUGGCUCUUCGCAAAGCAAGAGCAGAUGCACGUUUAAUAGGGGUUCGUGCGAAGCGAGUUAAGGAUGCUGCUGAAAACCCUGAUGACUUGACUAGACUUGCUAAGGACAGAAAGCCUAAAAAAUAAUCUUCAUGAUCUGUUUCCUCAUGCAAGUAAAAAGUAAAAAUUCUAUAAUAAAAAAA